UCUUGAUCCUUCAAAAAGUAUCAACAAUGCUUCUUCUAAAAACCCCACUCUGUUAUCUCAACCUAAACCUCCCAAACACCCCAUCCAUGGCGGGAGCAACAGGCAGAACCCUCUUCACCCUCUCCCUCUCUUCCUCCUCUUCCCUCACGCGCCUCUCUCUCAUCCCCAAGCGCGUCCCACUCCCCAAACCCCUCCCCCUCUUCCGCCGCUUCCGCCCUCUCUGCUCCGUCUCCGCCGCCGCGCCGGAAGCUGCCGACGCGAAGCACUCAAUACUCCUCGAGAGGCUCCGGUCCCGACACCUCCGUGACGCCGCGAAGGCCGCCCCCGAACCGAGGAAGAAGGAGAAGGUCGCCGCCGCAGCCGCAGCCGCCGCCGCCGCCGCCGAAGCGAAGGAGAAGAAGAAGGCGGUUGCGAGCUUCGAGGAGCUGGGACUGAGUGAGGAGGUCAUGGGGGCUGUUAGGGAAAUGGGAAUUGAAGUUCCCACUGAGAUACAGAGCAUUGGCAUCCCUGCCGUUUUGGAAGAGAAGAGCGUCGUUUUGGGGUCGCACACUGGCUCUGGCAAAACCCUCGCUUACUUGCUUCCCCUUGCUCAGUUGUUAAGACGGGACGAACAAUUGAAUGGAAUACUGUUGAAGCCCAGGCGUCCACGAGCUGUUGUGCUGUGUCCUACGAGGGAGUUAUCCGAGCAGGUUUUUCGAGUUGCAAAAUCGAUAAGCCAUCAUGCACGAUUCAGGUGUACCAUGGUAAGUGGUGGUGGCCGGCUUAGGCCUCAGGAGGAUUCACUUAAUAACCCCAUUGAUGUGGUAGUUGGUACCCCUGGCAGGGUUCUUCAACAUAUUGAGGAGGGAAAUAUGGUAUAUGGUGACAUCAAAUACUUGGUUUUGGAUGAGGCGGACACAAUGUUUGAUCGGGGCUUUGGUCCUGAUAUACGCAAAUUUAUAGGCCCAUUAAAAAAUCGUGCUUCAAAACCUGAUGGCCUAGGUUUUCAGACUAUCUUGGUAACUGCAACCAUGACAAAGGCUGUGCAAAAUCUGAUUGAUGAGGAGUUUCUAGGCAUUGUUCAUCUGCGCACGUCAACAUUGCAUAAAAAGAUUUCUUCUGCUCGUCAUGAUUUUAUUAAACUUGCAGGUUCUGAGAACAAGCUUGAAGCAUUACUUCAGGUACUAGAGCCAAGCCUAGCAAAAGGGAAUAGGGUGAUGGUUUUCUGCAAUACAUUGGAUUCAAGUCGUGCUGUGGAUCAUUUUCUUGGUGAAAAUCAGAUUUCUGCUGUGAACUACCAUGGGGAGGUACCAGCAGAGCAAAGGGUUGAAAAUCUCAGAAAGUUCAAGAGUGAUGGUGAUGAUUGUCCUACAUUGGUUUGCACGGACUUGGCUGCUAGGGGUCUAGACUUGGAUGUAGAUCAUGUUGUCAUGUUUGACUUCCCCUUGAAUUCCAUUGACUACCUUCAUCGCACUGGUAGAACUGCUCGUAUGGGUGCAAAAGGGAAGGUAACAAGUUUAGUUGCUAAAAAGGACUUGGACUUGGCCAGCAAAAUAGAGGACGCAUUAAGGAAGAAUGAGAGUUUGGAGGCUAUCACAAAAGAAAGUGUCCGAAGGGACAUUGCAAGGACCCAAAAUCAAAGCACUGAGAAGGGAAAGAGCAAAAGAUUGGUUAAAGUUUCAAAAGUUAUGGGCAAAUCUGGUAGUCGUUUUGGUUCUGGGAAUAAUGGAUCAGGUAUGAAAUCUGGUAAAGGGUCACCAGUCAAAUCUAUGAAGAAAGGGAUUCAAGUUUCAAAAUCUGGAAAAUCUUCUAGUGCAAAUAGCUUAAGAAAAGCUUCUACAGAGAAGAGGCAAUCAAGUAAAAUGGUCAGUGCCACCAAAUCUACGAAUUCUAAACUCAAUGUUGUGGGGUUUAGGGGGAAAAAUUCGUCUUCAAAUAAUAAAGAAUCGGGUUUGUGAAGUUGAUUGUGGGCCAUAUUGUACCGUAUAGGAACUAAAUGGCUCUCGUUUUUGUAUUAGAUAAGAUUUUUUCUGUAGUAAAGAUAGUAUUAUAAUUUAAUUGUUUUAGUUCCUGCCUUUUACGUGCCUAAAAAUAUAGUAGUUUCUGUUUUUAUUA